UCAUAAAAUAGGUACACAUAUGACAUAACAAAACUAAAAUAAGUAAAAGCGUUAUAACUUUAUCAAAUCGAAUCUUAAUUCUUACUGCACAAAAACCCCACUCACAAAUAUUUUCUGGAUUUCGAUUUUCCGAUCUUUUUUCCUUCAUUUCCAAUGCCAAAUCUCGGUCCUCAAACCGAGAUCUCAUUCGCUGGAACCUUCAUUAGUAGCGCAAUUGCUGCUUGUUUUGCCGAGUUUUGUACGUUGCCAUUAGACACUGCUAAAGUGAAGCUUCAACUUCAAAAGAAAGCAUCUUCAGCUGAUGGAGCUGUUUCAGUCAGAUAUAGAGGCAUGUUGGGCACUAUAGUUACGAUUGCAAAGGAAGAAGGUUUACCUGCGCUUUGGAAGGGAAUUGUGCCAGGGUUGCAUCGCCAAUGUAUCUAUGGUGGCUUGAGAAUUAGCCUGUAUGAUCCUUUCAAGAUGUUCUUUAUGGGAGCUUUUCUUUUUGGAGAUUUUCCUUUAUUUCAAAAGAUAUUAGCUGCUCUAUUAACUGGUGCAAUUGCAAUACUUGUUGCCAAUCCAACUGAUCUUGUUAAAGUUCGACUUCAAGCUGAAGGAAAAUUGCCACCUGGAGUGCCAAGGCGCUAUUCAGGAGCCCUAGAUGCUUAUAGUUCCAUAAUAAGACAGGAAGGACUCUUGGCUCUUUGGACUGGGCUCGGACCCAACAUUGCCAGGAAUGCAAUAAUAAAUGCUGCUGAACUAGCCAGUUAUGAUCAAGUGAAACUGACUAUAUUGGCGCUCCCAGGAUUCACUGAUAAUGCACUUACUCACAUCCUGGCUGGUUUAGGUGCAGGGUUUUUUGCAGUGUGCAUUGGAUCUCCUGUGGAUGUGGUGAAAUCAAGAAUGAUGGGAGAUACAACAUAUAAAAGCACGGUUGAUUGUUUCGUCAAGACAUUGAAGAAUGAGGGACCAUUGGCAUUUUAUAAAGGAUUUCUCCCGAAUUUUGGCAGAUUAGGAUCUUGGAAUGUGGUCAUGUUUUUGACAUUGGAACAAGUCAAGAAGAUGUUGCAAGGGCAUGCAUAGGAGUUCCUCCGUUUUCUUAAUCAUCAGGCAUCAGCAUAGCCAUAACAAGAGAUGGCACAAACCGACAUGUUUUAAGAGUUAAGACCGGCCCCUUGAUUUUACAUGGAGAUUCAUAUGUUUGAUUAAUUUCGCAUAUACAGAGCUGCUUCUAAGAAGUUGGAAGGGAAAAUGACAACAUUGACGAAGUUCCAGUAGUAUAUAUAUCGAUUCAUUGUGUUGUAACAAGUUCCACUAGUAUAGGAUUGCCUUGUAAUUUUGCACCAUAUAGGUAAAUUGUACACCAUAUUCUUUCUAUUUGUAUUGUUAUUGAAUUCUCAAGGAAUGUCACACUAUAUAUUAUAUCCUUUAUUCUUGAAGAGCA